AUGGUUUGUUGCUUAUGGGUGCUUCUAGUAUUGCUUCUACAACUCGAUCAUGUAGCGAGCGAAGACAAUGCGUACUCAUUCACUGCUAAAGAACUUAAGGCUUACAAGCAAGAAGUGAGGGAGUUGUUUUAUUUUGGCUUCGACAAUUAUUUAGAGCACGGGUAUCCAUAUGAUGAGGUGAGGCCCAUUUCAUGCGUUCCUAAGAAGAGAAACUUUGAGAACCCCGAUGAUCAAGUCACUAAUGAUAUAUUAGGCAAUUUCACAAUUACUUUAAUAGAUUCGUUGACCACUAUUGCUAUAUUGGAAGACCGACCGCAGUUUUUGAAAGCCGUUCGACUUGUUGAAAGGACAUUCCCCGGUGGCAGUUUCGAUGUUGAUUCCACAAUACAAAUCUUUGAAACUACUAUACGUGUUAUCGGAUCACUACUUUCAUCGCAUCUUUAUGCUACAGAUCCCACAAAGACUGUGUAUUUAGGGGACGAGUAUGAUGGUUCUCUGUUACGUCUCGCUCAGGAUAUGGCGGAUAGGCUUUUACCGGCAUAUUUAACGUCUACUGGAUUACCUAUCCCACGAAGAAACAUCAAACGGAAGUGGGAUACCCCUGAUUUUACAGAUUCAUUGGGGACAGAAAAUAAUGUGGCUGCCAUGGCGUCUCCCAUGUUCGAAUUCACUAUUCUAUCUUACCUGACAGGCGAUCCCAAGUAUGAAAAAGUGACCAGGUACGCGUUUGAUAAAACAUGGUCUCUUAGAACCGAUUUAGAUUUACUACCCAUGUCUUUUCAUCCCGAAAAACUGACACCAUAUACACCGAUGACUGGAAUUGGUGCCUCCAUCGACUCGUUUUUCGAAUACGCUUUAAAGGGUGCCGUACUGUUUGAUGAUUCAGAAUUAAUGGAGGUUUGGAACGUGGCAUACGAAUCGUUGAAAACUAACUGUAAAAACGACUGGUUCUUCGCGAAUAUAAUGGCUGACUCAGGACACUUGUUUGUCCCCUGGAUUGAUUCUUUGAGUGCGUUUUUCCCCGGUUUACAAGUGCUUGCUGGUGAUUUGGAUGAUGCCAUUGCGAACCAUUUAAUGUUUUUAAAGAUAUGGAACACUUUCGGUGGUAUCCCUGAAAGGUGGAACUUUAGUCCUUCGGAGUUCCCCCCUCUAUCUUCAUUAGAAGGAUCGGUACCGUUUUCUUUGAACACUAUCCUUCCCUUAGAAUGGUACCCAUUAAGACCAGAAUUUUUUGAAUCAACCUAUUUCUUAUAUAGAGCUACAAAAGACCCGUUUUACUUGAAUAUUGGUGUUCAUUUGCUAAAAGAUCUGAAGCAACGAUUUAAAUCCAACUGUGGAUUUGCAGGUUUCCAAAAUGUCAUCACGGGCGAACUGCAAGAUAGAAUGGAGACGUAUGUCUUGAGUGAAACUGUGAAAUACUUGUAUUUAUUAUUUGAUGAAGAGAACGAAUUACAUAGCAGCGCGAGUAAUGUAAUUUUCAGUACGGAAGCUCAUCCAAUGUGGUUGUCCCAAGAAGUGAGAUCCAAAUACAAAUGGAAUGCUAAACUUAACGACUCCAUCUACUCGUUACACUUGGAUAUUUGCCAGAAGAGAGAUAGGGAACUACAAGCUGAAGGGAACACAUUGGGUCAAAAAAUCGUGGGUUUUGCGAAAUCAAUCUUUCAAAAAGGUACACCAAACGAUGAGGCUGUUGGUCCAAUUCUAGAUUAUGCCAUUAAUACUGAACUCCCCGGCAUAUGCUCAAUAAAGCCUCAUCAUGCAAUGGAUAACUACUCUUGGUACUCUCCAAUGUUGAGCAAUUUUGACAGAUUAUUUGAGAUUGACACCCGGUUCGCAGCCACACUAAUUAAGCCUUCACACAUGCACAACUAUGGUCCGAUUGAGCUAGAACCUGAAUUUUAUAGCAGGUGGUCUAAUCCGCAGUUCAGCACAUGCCAGAUCACACCCACCACCGAAAUUUUCGAACUGCUAUUCGAUCUUCCUGGAUUGCAUCAGUUGAAUCCCUUAAUCUCAGACAACAAAACUAUCACAUUCGAAACAUUUGGAGGUAGAUCAAGAUUGAAGGUCGAAAAGAUUCAAAUCUACCAAAUUGAUUACUAUGGAGACUUAAUCACCGCAUCGACAUUUCAAAACAUCUCCCGCCGGGAUACCUCCUCGAAUGUAUGCGAUACUAUGGCAAGCUUGUAUUCUCCCACUUAUCUUUACAGAGUGGUAGCAGUCAACGGACGGACAGUGCCUCACCAUGGAAGGGUGCAAAUCAAGAAACACAGUCCUAUGCUUACUUCUAAUGGUACAAGAGAGGAAGACGAAAUCAGAAUUGAUGCCAUCGGGAUUAAUGACCGCUCCCAACUCAUGUUGGAAUGCACACCCAUCAUCAACCUAUUUAUUGUAUGA